AUGGGGGAAAGAUGUCGAUUCUGGUUCCAACAUUGGACUUUUUCAACCGUCAUCAAUCUAUGGACGCUAGCGCCCAACACUGAGUCGACUUCCACGACUCUGUCUCAAUUCAUCCCCUUCAUCUUGCUCAUCAACCGCGCCCAGAUACUGCCAGGGGCUUCGUCCUCAAUGUCCCUGCUAACGCUCCCACCCGAGAUCCUCUCUUGCAUCCUCACCCACUGCAUCCCCCGGGACCGCGAUGGAGAAGCCAGUAUCGCGUCAUAUGAUCAAGACGACGAAACUGAUAUCCGUCUUGUCUGUCAACGAUUCGACUCGAUGUGGUCCCACGCCUUCGUAUGGGAUUUGCUGAGUGUGACCCGAUCUCAGCGCUACAACUACAGGCAAAUCAACGAGUCGUGGCCGAUAGAUUCGACUAUCUGGUUUGUGCGGACGAUCCUCGUCAUGCGGCAUGGCCAGGCGCGGCGAGAGUCACCGACGGAAAAUGUUAACGGUAGGCCGUCGGUGCUUGAGUAUGUUUACGCUAUGGUCGAGGUCGUUAGCGGUAUCCUCCUGGAGAUUGAACCAGAGAAAGAUCGCGUGGGUGUCAUUGCGCGCGCGAUCGCCCUGGCUGCAAAGGCGUUGGUGCUCAACCAUGAGUUCAAGGAUAUCGUUACGGAACUUGUGCCACGUCGAGAGGGGUCUGAUGUUUCUCGCAAAGUGCAGGCCAGGGAGAAAGAAGAGUCCAUACCGUUGAGCUGGGGGUUGAAACCCGAUGAUAUCUUCCCCCUGCUAUGUCUGACCUGCCGCGCGGAAGCCAUCGAGAAAUUCCUGGCCAGGGAAAGAGAGACCAACAUCAACAAGCGCAACCACAUUUUCGGAUCUGCGCUAUACAACGCCGCAGCAGCAAACAAUGCAGAUGUCGCCAAGCUCCUCCUCGACAAAGGCGCAGACGUCAAUGCGACGGGCGGCCGGUGGUACACCCCGCUGCACGCCUCUGUCGCAUACCCAACGGGCACCGGGUCUCUCACCUUGCUCCUCGCCGCAGGUGCAGACGUAAACGCACAACCUGCCUACAGUAUAAACGACGGCCGAACACCUCUGAUAACAGCCUCGCACGCUCGAAACAGCGAAGCGGUCUCCAUCCUCCUCGCGCGCAAGGACAUCGACGUGAAGAUUACCGCCAUGAGCGACGAGUCGAUCGCGCACUACAUUGCUCGGGCGGGAGACCCCGACAACCUACGAUUACUCCUCGAGCUACAUCCCGACGUCGACAUCAAGCUGAAAGGCGAGUACGGUACCCCACUACACACGGCGAUGAACUUUGCAUGGUAUCAGCUCACGGAAGGGCACGAUGCUGUUGUUGAGAUCUUGCUGGAGAGGGGGCUUAAACCGAAUGAGACGUGCCCCGGGGCCGAGAGGGACAUUGUGGGGUGGGCGGAGGAGAUGAUAAAUGAGGCGAGGGAGGAGGAGGAGGAGGUUCCGGCUGCGGUGAUGAGGAUUAUCAGGUGGUGGAAAGAAUAUAUGGAGAAUGUGAUCAGGAGGCGACGAGGGAGCGGGUGAUAUAAAAAAAUUUUUUAGCCUAACGGACUCCAAGGAUAGAUAACCUUUGAAAGCUGCGCUCUUUGGUGCUGGCAAGGAUUUCGGGAAACCAUCUCAAAGACU